CGCAGCGGGAGACAGGAGGUGGAGAGAGGUAGAGGAUGAACGACAGCGAGAGAGCAGGAGAGGAAAAACACAUAGGAAGACCCAGCUAACGCCGACAGUGUUGGCCUGUCCUCCAGAAACAGCGAUAAAAACAGAAUUACGGUUUUUAUCUUUAGCUGAGAUGCCGCUCCGCGAACUCUUCGUCGAGUGUGUUUGAGACCGCAGAAAUGCUGUGCCGGUAGUUAGCUAGGUUACCCGUAAAGACAAAAGGGCACCUCUGAGCAUAAUCUUUGGAUGAGAGUCGCUGUAUAAGCAGCGAAAGCCUCCCGCUGCCUCCCGGCUACAGUAACGGUAGGAGAGGAAGACUGACUCCGCGGCCGACAUGAAAUUCACAGAGCAUCUGUCAGCGCACAUCACCCCGGAGUGGAGGAAGCAGUACAUCCAGUAUGAGGCUUUCAAAGAGAUGCUGUAUGCUGCUCAGGACCAGGCGCCGUCUAUCGAAGUCACAGAUGAAGACACUGUCAAGCGCUACUAUGCCAAAUUUGAGGAGAAGUUCUUCCAGAUGUGUGAAAAGGAGUUGGCCAAAAUCAACACCUUCUAUUCUGAGAAGCUGGCCGAGGCUCAGCGGCGAUUCGCCACGCUGCAGAACGAGCUGCAGUCCUCGCUGGAUGCACAGAGGGAGAGCUCAGCCAGUGGGCGGGGCCUGAGGAGGAGGAAGACGGUGUUUGCCUUGUCACAGCAGGAACGAUGCAAGCACAGGAACAUAAAGGACCUGCAGCUGGCCUUCUCAGAGUUCUACCUCAGCCUUAUACUGCUGCAGAACUAUCAGAGAGGAUUGGCCUUUCUUUGUAUUCACUUGUGUUUUUGUGAUUGUUUAGUUGUGUUUGGGGGUUUAAACAGUAUCCACAGGAAACAAAUGAUGAGGUGUGUCCCAGACAUCCUGCAGCAGAACCAUCAUGAAUGUUCGUUUCCAUUUGUUGUUGUGCAGACAAACAAAGACGUGCUGCAGACUCAUCACAUCAUUUGUUUGUGCUCCGUGCAGUUCUGCUCGGUAUUGAUCGUGCUGUCUCCUGAUUGGUCUUUGUCAUUAGUAGCUGUGGGGACCGAUCGUUCUGAUGUUUGGCCGAUGAUCCGGAUCUACAGAGGAGGCUUCCUGUUAAUAGAAUUCCUCUUCCUGUUAGGCAUCAACACUUACGGCUGGAGGCAAGCAGGCGUCAAUCAUGUGCUCAUAUUUGAACUGAACCCCAGAAACAACCUGUCCCAUCAGCAUCUGUUUGAGAUUGCAGGUCUGCUGGGGGUGCUGUGGUGCGUAAGCCUGCUGUCCUGUCUCUUCAGCGACAAGAUCCUGGUGCCCAUGCAGGCCAACCCUCUGGCUCUCUACGGGCUCUUCUUCCUCUUCCUCAUCAACCCCUUCAAGACCUGCUACUACAAGUCACGCUUCUGGCUGCUCAAGCUUCUGUUCCGAGUGGUGACGGCUCCGUUUCACCGUGUUGGCUUCGCAGACUUCUGGCUGGCCGACCAGCUGAACUCCCUGGUGGUGGUGCUGAUGGACCUGGAGUACAUGAUCUGUUUCUACAGCUUCGAGCUGGACUGGACCAAACACAACGGGCUCAUCAGCAGAGGUAACGAUGUGUGCAACUCGUACUCGUACGGCGUCCGGGCGGUGAUCAAGUGUCUCCCCGCGUGGUUCCGGUUCGUCCAGUGUCUGCGCCGUUACCGUGACACCAAGCGGGCCUUCCCUCAUCUGGUUAAUGCUGGCAAAUACUCCACCACCUUCUUUGCUGUCACCUUCUCCGCCCUCUACAGCACACACAAAGACGCAGGCUCCGAGGCCCAGAUCUUCUUCUAUCUGUACAUUGGCUGUUUGGCGGUGAGCUCGUGUUACACUCUGGUCUGGGAUCUGAAGAUGGACUGGGGACUGUUUGACCGCAACGCGGGAGAGAACACCUUUCUGAGAGAGGAGAUCGUCUAUCCACACAAGGCCUAUUACUACAGCGCCAUCGUAGAGGACGUGCUGUUACGCUUUGGAUGGAUCUUAACGGUCACCGUCACCACACUCGUCACGUUUGACGGCCUCUCUGACAUCUUUGCUACAGUCCUGGCCCCGCUGGAGGUCUUUAGGCGCUUUGUGUGGAACUUCUUCCGCUUGGAGAACGAACAUCUGAACAACUGUGGUGAAUUCAGAGCUGUCAGAGACAUCAGCGUGGCUCCGCUCAACGCCGACGACCAGACGCUCCUGGAGCAGAUGAUGGACCAGGAGGACGGCGUGAGAAACCGACAGGGCAAGAAGAGCUGGAAGAGGAGCUACAGUAUGAGUCUGCGCAGGCCACGUCUGGCCUCGCAGUAAGUCUUUCCCCGUCUAUCUGAGUGCAGACGUGCAGACGUG